AUGGCUAGCCAACUGAUGGGCGAUGCCCUUCAUCAAAUUAUCCGGAGAGCUGCGGACUCCGAAUCUGACCCUGACGAAGAUGCUCCGGAAGCUGGCACCAAGGAGUUCUUCAGCUCUUGGGCGCUCUUUAUUCUGAUUAUGCUCUUGAUGUUCGCGCUAUUCACCAGUUACAUUCUCCAACAGAAGAAGAUCCAAGCGGUUCAUGAAACUGUCCUUUCUAUUUUUGCUGGUAUGUUUGUCGGAUUGAUCAUUCGGUUGAGUCCCGAAUCGCCCAUUCAGGACAGCGUCACAUUCGACUAUCAGUUCUUCUUCAACCUACUUCUUCCUCCAAUUAUCCUAGCCUCGGGAUAUGAGCUACACCAGGCAAAUUUUUUUCGAAAUAUUGGCACUAUUCUUACCUUUGCGUUUGCGGGGACCUUCAUCUCGGCUAUCGUGCUGGGACUUGUUUUGUUUGUCUGGACGCGGAUUCCGUUGGAUGGCUUGAACAUCUCUUUUGUCGAAGCUAUCUCUGUAGGCGCUACGCUCUCUGCGACGGAUCCAGUUACUAUCCUCGCCAUUUUUAACCUAUACAAAGUCGAGCCGAAGCUUUACACCGUUAUCUUCGGCGAGUCGAUUUUGAAUGAUGCAAUUGCAAUUGUCUUGUUUGAGACUGCACAGAAGUAUGCCGACAGCGAUGCGGGUUCCCUGACCGUUCUCAAUCUGUUUGAGGCCAUCGGUCUUUUCUUGCUUGUCUUCUUCGGCAGCAUGCUCGUAGGCAUGAUUGUAGGUAUCAUGACUGCACUGGGUCUCAAGCAUACACACGUCCGCCGCGUGCCUAAGAUUGAGAGUUGCCUAAUUGUUCUUAUCGCAUAUGCCAGUUACUUCUUCUCCAAUGGCGUUCGCCUCUCUGGCAUCGUCUCCCUUUUAUUUUGUGGAAUUACAUUAAAACAUUAUGCGUACUAUAACAUGUCGCGCCGAACUCAAUUAACGACGAAGUAUCUGUUCCAGGUGAUGGCACAAUUGUCAGAAAACUUUAUCUUCAUCUAUUUGGGUCUUGAUUUGCUUGUACAGAGGAAUCUGCAGUUCAAGCCUCUUUUCAUCAUGGUAGCUGUCAUUGGCAUCUGCCUUGCCCGAUACCUCGCUGUGUUCCCGCUGUCUAAGGCGAUCAACUGGUUCAUUCGCUACAGGGCCCGUCGACGCGGGAUGGAAGUGGCAGAUGAGUUGCCCUUCGCUUAUCAAGCAAUGCUCUUUUGGGCCGGGCUUCGUGGGGCUGUUGGUGUGGCGCUGGCCGCGGGCUUAACAGGUGUCAACGCGCCCGCACUGCGAGCUACGGUGCUUGUGGUUGUCGUACUGACAGUCAUAAUAUUUGGCGGCACCACAGCCCGGAUGCUAGAAAUCCUUGGUAUUAGGACCGGGGUCGUUGAGGAACUCGAAUCUGACGAUGAGUUUGACAUUGAAGUUACCAAUGGGGGAACGUAUUACAAACGAUCUGAUACUGCACUGGGAUAUACCCCCCGCCGGAUGGACUCAGCCAUCCCCUUGGACGGAGUGCAGCGGGGGGGCCUUGACCGAAACGAUAGCUAUUCAAGCGGCAAUAACCGCCGUCCCAGCCCACCGCAAUCUAGUUCGGGCAAAGGCCGGAGACAUUCGCGUCUCUACUCCAAUGCGUACAGUCAGAGGGACACGCAAACAACCCGCGACCGUUCAUCCACAGCCACGCUACUUGGCGGCGGCACUGGAAGUCACAGUGACAGUGCGGGUAGCGAAGACGAGUUCGGUCUGCGGAGUCACGGUAAGGGCCGAACGGCGGAUGUUGACCAAGUUGAUGCCUUUGAUAUAGACGUGGAUGAAGCACCCUCGGACGAUGAUCUUCCUCCUUCAGCACCCACUGCUUCUCGACUUCGGCGGUCACCAUCGCAACCCCCCCAGUAUGCGGGCUCUUCACAAACAUCUCCUUCUGCCAAUGUGUCCCCGUCGGGGCGAGAGACAUCGCGGAGCGCCAGUCAAGCUAUUCGGGAUCUUUUUUCGGGAGGAUCAUCUGGAGAUCAUGGCGCGUGGUUCCGGCAACUGGACGAGGACUACAUCAAACCCCGACUUUUGUUGGAUCAAUCGAAUCAUAAGGGACCGGGUGCUGUGUAG